AACACAAGCCAGAUCCCUGAUCUCUCCAAGAAAUCACAGGAUAUAAACUGCUGCCCAAAAGCAAGCCCCGGAGAACUUCAAUAACCUCCAGGAAAGCUCUGAGGUUAGGGAGACCAGCAUAGCCAAAGAAGACAUGAGGAGUCUGCUGGCACUGCUGAUCCUGACUCUGGCCCUGGCAGCACUCUGCUGUUGUGAGAAAGAUCCCAAAGAGCCCUCAGGAUCUCCCAGUGCUGACAGCAUCAAGAUUAAAAAAGAAGUUGCCAAUGCCUUUGUGAAGAGGAAAAAGAGAGCCAGCCCUUAUGAAUGGUACCUGGAGUACUACAAAAGCCCGAUGGAGCAGAUGCAUGAGCGCUAUACUGACCAUGGGAAGGUCCUUCUGCUCCUUUGGCUUGGAACACUCCAAACCCCAGGGGAGAAAGAAGCUGUGCUUGGGAAGGAGGGAAGGAAAGCAUCUGGACUGGCAUCUUCUUCUGUUGUGUCCCAACCAGCUGGAACACCAAGGCAGGGAUUAUCCCACUUGUUGAGCUUCUAUUAACUUUCUUCCUUCCAUCAAUAAAGUCUCUCUUCAGACAUCUUCUGUGGUAUUUUGAGCUUCAUCAGAAGACUCGGUCUUAUUUCCUUUCACCUGAAUCCCCAGCACACAGUAUGUGGAAAAUAGGGAUUAGUUUCAAAAAAAACACUGCAUGCCUUAGAAACAUCACUAGAUCUCUUACCCUCUUCUGCAAAAUACAGGAGGAUUAUGGAAGAAGAAUGUCACAGUGUGUGCAAAUGUGAUGGAUCUGAUCCUGGGAUUCUCGCUGUGAAGAAGGAAGAACACCUGCCUCCCAUUCCAAUUAGUGGGAAAGAUCAGUAUUUUCAUGUAGAAUAAUCACAUUAAAUAUGCAUCACAGUAGGAUCUUUUGCAAAGAUAGAAGUGUGCAAAUACUCUUGCAUAGAUAGCAAUCAGCUUCUGGUACACUCUUCUGAUUACUCUGUCAUAAAAUUUGCUGUAUAGCAACAAUAAAUAAAUCCCAAAAGUUGUCUUUAAGGAGUCCUUUUAAAUGAGCCCAGCAUUUGUGUGCUGCUUUCUGUGACUGUAAAAAAAGACCCCAAAUUCUCUUGGUUUUUCUGGUUUUUUGGUUUUGUUUUUUUUUUUCCCCAACCAGCAUCUAGUGAAACUAAAAAUACCCAGCAGAACAAAAAAAACCAACCAACCAAACAAGCAAAAAAACCCCAAACAAAACCAACCAACCAAACAAACAAAAAACCCAAACCCCCCCCUAAAAAAACCCCAUCUUCUCCUCUGUUACUUUUGCAUUUAUGCUUGAAACUAGAAGUACCUAAACAGCUAAAAAAAAUAAAUCUAAAAAAAAAAUAAA